AUGGUGGCCGCCGCUAUCUCAGCAAAUCCGCUGCAGCUGGAUAUUCGCAGUCAUAAAAAGUGUCUUGCAAUCUGUUUUGUUGUUACCAUCUCGAGCUUUCAAUAUGGCCUUGAUUACGCCCUCGUCGGCGGCUUCAUGGCCAUGCCUGGCUUCUUGAAAGUCUUUGGCUAUUACGACGAAGUGGCUCAUAAGUGGGCCAUUGAUCCGACUGUUCAACAACUUAUUUCGUCUCUGAUGACAAUUGGAACAUUCGUGGGUUCGCUUUCGGUUGGGCCGUUCAGCUCCAGGUUUGGGCGACGACAAGGGUUAUGGGCAGCGUCUCUCCUAAACUGUAUCGCAACAGCAAUAAUGAUCGGAACGACGAAUCUCGGUGCACUAUAUUUUGCCCGCUUUGUUCUUGGAAUAUCGGUCGGCUGGUUUCUUACUUUCGCCCAAGUUUACAUCAACGAAGCAGCGCCCGCCCAUCUUCGAGGUAUUGCCUUUGCCGUAUACCAGAGCCAACUCUCUAUAGGAUCUAUCGUCGGGGCCGCUAUCGACUAUGGCACCCACACUAUGCUCGAAAAGGAAGCUUAUCGAAUCCCACUUGCCAUCUUCUUCGUUGCUCCGACCAUCCAGACGAUUGCUAUGUUCUUCUUUCCGGAGAGCCCAAGAUGGCUCAUGACACAAGGAAAAGAGGCAGAAGCUGAGUCGGCACUUCGAAGACUUCGAAAUGGCAAUAUUAACGAGAACGAGUUCCAAGCCGAGUUUGAAGAAAUUCGAACUUCUACAGCGGCUCAGACGGACCAGUUCAAGGGGAAGCACUUGUGGAUUGAGAUGUGGAAGGGUACCAAUCGGCGUAGAUCCUUACUUUCUGUAGCUGUUAUCUGCUUCCACUGUGCUAAUGGGUCUUCUUGGCUGAAUAUUUAUACAACUUACUUCCUCACCGUUGCCGGUGUAAAUGAAGCAUUUUCGUAUUCUACCAUGAUAACGUGUAUGGGACUCAUUGGCGUCCUAGCCAGCUUCUUUGUCGUUCGGCACAUCGACCGUCGUGUCAUUCUUCUUAUAGGAGUAGCGGCGUGUGGUUUCUGUCAACUCGCGUUUGCUAUCGCUUGGACUGUGGCCCCCGGAACUGUGGCCACUGCAAAGGUUGUCAUCGCCUUUAUCGCUCUGUUCACAUUCUUUUAUGUUGCCUAUGCGCCUUACGCUUGGCUCCUAGGAGGCGAACUGCCUAGUAAUCAUCUCCGAGCUCAUACUUACGGUGUAGCCACCGCACUCAACUUCCUUGGAAAUUGGCUAGGGGUAUUUACCGCGCCGUACUUUAUUAAUCCAGCCAGCCUGGGAUGGAGUGCCAAAUACGGAUAUAUCUGGUUUGGAUCCAACAUGAUAGUGUUCCUAUUCACAUGGGCUUUUAUGCCAGAGACGCGCGAUCGAACCCUAGAAGAGAUAAAUGAGAUAUUUGAAGCUAAGGUUCCGGCUCGGAAGUUUAAGAGAUAUAUAUGCACAGGUACGGAAGCUGUGAGAGUAGCGGUCAUUGAGGAAAAGAAUAGAAGCACAUCUCAUGUAGAGGAAGUAAGUCGGGAAGAGGCAUAA